AUGGUUAAGGCGCGUGCCGCGAUCGUGGUAAAGCACGCUGUGUUCAAAAACAAAAAAUAUCUCUCUCUCUCUCUCAACUGUAACGAUUCUCCGCGUCUCGAUGCUUUGACCGCAACUCAAAGCGCUCCUCGAGCGCCUCAAAAAGUGAAAAGGAAACGUCCAUAUAUAUAUAUAUGUUUAGUUCUAACCACCACUGCCACCGACAUUGAGAGGCCGGCCGCACCUCCGCGGCGCCGAGCUACACGACUGCGGCACUGUCCAGGCGUCACUACGCGGGACUGCGCGUUGUGUUGCCCGGCUCCGCGGCGCGUCUCCAUCUCUGUGUGCUAA